GUGAGUGAAAUCCUGAGGAUUCAAACGGAUUCUUAGAAUGAGCAGAAAGCUCUCUGCCGAACAAAAGAGAAACGUGUUGAUUCUGGCUAUUUUGAUGACUGUCUUGACAGCUUUGGGAGAUAGGGCUGGAUGUCUGUGGGAGGAGAGGCUAGCUGGCAAGCGCUAAUUAGCCUAGCCUGGCAGCUUUCAUCCUAGGCUCAGAGAGAGAGCUCCCCUGACACCCUGAGGAUUAGCCUGGCUGCCAGUGGAGCCCUGUGGGGCUCCUGUGUGGAUGUACUGUUAGGUUGUGUUCAUCGGAUCAGUCCAGUCUGUCUGGCUGAUUGGCUGUAAACUCUGGGUGAGCCCCUCUGGUUUUAAAACCCUGUCCUCAUCACGUAAAAGAAACGUGCCUCAGGGCUGUUUUAACACCACACACCACUUGGAUUCAAGCAACAGUGCCCCCAGAGACUAAGCUUUCCAUUACACUGAUAGGCAUGGCAUGAGUCUGAGCAUGGCUUUGGACGUGGGCUUCAGGGGAGAAGUAAUGCAGCCAGUCAAGAUGCUUGGCGUCACCAGACAUGGCUAGAGGACAGAGGUCAGAUCUGAGAGUCACAAAAACAGGAUGGAGAGAGGAGGACGUAACACCACAGCUGGAGUUCUGUGCUGGACCCCCGCUCCUCAACGCCCCUCUCCCUCCAGCUCUUUAGGCUCAGAGGUGGACUGGGGGGAUGAAGAGGUGGAGGAUGAGGAAGGUGGGGACAGGAAAGAUGAGGAAGAAGAGGACUUCCAAAGCCAGGUGGAUGAGAACGGGAUCAUAGGGCUGGAUGAGGCUUGGGAUGAUGUGGGUCUGGUCGGCGAGGAGGAGGAAGAAGGGGGUGCAGAGGAGGAUCCACCCAGGUACUCUGACGCCUGGAACCCAGAGGGACCCAGGGAGGGGUCCCUAGCCCCUAGCAGAACAGCCGGGUUGAUGAAGUGGCUGGAGCAGGUAAACCGGGUAGAGGAGCUUCAGCUGUGUGACCUGCAGGACUCUGAGCCUCUGUCCCGGUGUGAGUCAAACGGAGAGGACACCCAAACCAAGAAACUCUGUGAGGAUGUCCUGGAUGCCAAUGCCAGUGUGGAGAUCUGGGGUGAGGAUGUUGAGCAGCAGGAUGAAAAGGAGCAGAGCUGGCCGGUCCACAACCAGCAGGAGGAGCAUCUCCCAGAGAGAGACAGACAGCUGGACAUAACAGAGGAUGAGAGGGAGUUAGAAGACGAGGAAAGCGAGCCACACCUUGACAGAACGUCAGCCUCCACAGCUGGGACUGGCUGGGAUCGGGGCCAUAGUGUCAAAGGAGAAGAGAGUCAGGAGGAGGUCAGUGCCUACCUAAACCCUGAAAAGACCAGUGAACUCUCAGAGGGGGACACCAGAGGGGGGACAUGGUUGGUAGAGGGCGUGUCUGAUAAACUCUCCACCCAUUACUCUCCUGACCUCCGUCCACCCCCCCUGUCUCCCUCCUCCACUAGCAGAGGUUCUACCUUUCCUCACCUCGUCCACUUCUCCUCUGAGGAGUUGGCAGAUGCUCCCGGCAUCCAAGCAGAGACUUUCCCAGAGGAUUCCAUCUUCACAGAGAGUCCUCCAGAAUCUAGAAGCAGCCGGAUAAGCGAGGCACCCAGGCUUUUUUGGGGGGGUGAGGAGCUCACGCCUAGGACCUCCACUUACCCAGUGGCCAUCUCUCCUGAGCGUAGGAAAAUUCAACGACUUGAGAUGGGUGAAGAGGGAUCCCAGGAUGGGUCAGACCAUCAGCCCCUCCCCUCUCUGAGGGCGAUCAGACCAAGCUCACCUAGCACCCCAGGGGCCAUGUCUCACUCCCCUCAGACAGACUGUCAUGCACCAUCACAGGCCCGGACCCACAGGGAGAGUUCCCCAAAACCCCAACACAGGAGCCAUGAUGGUGACCCGCGCCAGGGCCGGAGAUGGCCACUGACCCACCCCACCCCAGACUUCUCCAAGGUACAGCCCAAGGUGCGCUUCCCCAAGAGCGGCUACACACCCCCCAAGAGCAAAGGCUCCCCGAGAACAUUUUCUUUUUCGGGGGAGCCCCCCCUGGUGUUCAAGUCCCCUGCUGACAUAGUGAGGGAAGUGCUGCUAAGCAGUAGCGACAGACCCCCACCCCCCUCCGUUGGGCCCGGCAGGCCCCUGAACACCACUGUGCCAGGGGACUUCAGAUGCCCUCAACAGGCCAGCAUGCUGGUACAGCAGCUACAGGAGGAUUACAGCAGGCUGCUGACCAGGUAUGCUGAGGCAGAGAACACUAUUGAUCGAAUGCGUCUGGAAGCCAAGGUGGGCCUCUACUCUGACCCACCAAAACCCGCUCCUGCUAUCCAAUUAGGUGUGCUCCGUGAAAGUUCAAAGGUUAUGACCUUAACCUUUCCCCAAGCUCAGAGGGCAGAGCUCAGCUCAGGUUCCCUUAACUUGAAUGGACAGGUGACCCGUCAAGGUCAUAUUGGGGUUUCGCCACUUCGUCCCUCCUCAGUGGACUCCUCAGUGGACUCCUCCUCAGCGGACUCCUUCUCCAGAAGCAUGGGCUGUGGAGGUGGGGAGCAACUGACCAUGACCCUCUCCAAGCAGGCUGGCCGGUUCCUCCAGCAAGUGCAGACAUUUGAAGAGCUCCUGAGUAGAGGGAAACCCAAACAAUUAGAGUUUACAAAGGGUUUGUCCCAGCUGCUCCAGGAGCAGGACUCUCUGGAACGAGGUUAUCUAGCAGCACGAGACCAACACAGACUCCUACAGCAGAGAGGUGCUAAGCUGGGCCCCUUUGACCCCGACCGAGAAGUGGAGGGUUGUAUAUUCCAGUGCGGGAUGCGCUUGGAGGAGCUGAGGGAGCAGGUGGAGCAGUCUGAACAGGCCCCUCCCCCUCCACACCCCGCCCCCUACUCCAUGCCUGCAGGUGCCAGUGAGCACAUUCCACUCCCCCAGAGCCCAGUUCGGCCUCUGCCUGGAGAGUCUGGGGGUGUGGUGGAAGUAGAGGUCAGCUCGGCUAGCGGGGAGAGUGAGGGAGACGAGGAAGCACUGUCAUCGUUUCUCCUCCAUCCCUUACAUACCAAACACACACGUGUAGAGAGAGACUUCAGCAUGCUAAUGAACCACUGCCAGCGUGCCAGGGAGCCUCCCAGGCUGCUAGACCUGGUCGUGACCACACAUCCUGGUGGUGAGGGGACUACAGGGGGACCGCACCAAGGGCCUGGGAGGCAGGAGGGCCACACAACUCAGAGAUGGCCAAUGCUCAGUCAACAGAAUGCUUCAUUGAUUCCAACAGCCAGACCAAGGACAAGCAAAUCAGUUCCUCCCUCCCUAAAGGACCUCAGCCAAUCGCCUGCAUUUGCUGCUAUGCCUGCCAAUGACAACAGGUCAGAGGUCAGGAGGUCUCUUGGGAGCAGUCUGACCAGUCUAGAGGAUAGUGCUCUAUCAGAGAGAAGAGGCUCCAAAUGGAUGCCCAGGACCAGAAAAGAGCCAUCUCAGGAUGGUGUCAUCACACCUGAGACGGACAGUGGUUUUGUUGGCUCUGAGAGCAGUCAUCUAACACCUGCAGUAGCCAGUCCUCUCCACCAGAGGGCCACAGUGAGCCAAUCGGUCACAGAGGAGCAGAGCUCAGCAAAGCCCCAACACACGGCCUCCAUCCGCCCCCCCACGCACACACCUCAGAGACCCCUCUCUCUGGAGCACAGCGGAGUGUCUCGUCGCAGCAGCUCAUCCCAGAGGGUUUGGCGGUCUUCAGGGAGAACCACGGGGAGGGAGAGGAGGGCCAACUCAGCCUCCAGCAGGACCCCACGGCCCUGGGCUGGAAAUGGGACCAUCCAGCCUGUGUCAGGGGAGGACGAGGAACGUAGGGACUGCACCACCCGAACAGCCCGCCCCCAGCACCAAUACCAGUCGAGCCCCUCCCCCACAGCACCCUAUCACCAUGGCGAUCCCCAGCAAGCCCAGAGCUCUAGUCUGUUGACGAAUCGCAAUGAAGCUAUCCAGUCUCUGCAGGCGGAGGUGAGCAGACUGAAGGAGCGACUGGAGGGCAGUCUGAGGCAGACCAACACUCCCAGUCCUGUCAGAGCGCCCCCCACGGGCCAGGAUGGCCACACACACCCUCUCAGCUCAACGCCUCACGUUAGGUCUGUACAGCGAACGCGGGUUGAUGCUGGAGAGGAGAGGACAAUGGGUGAGAAGACAGAAGGCCAAAGAGUUCAGAGGUCACCGAAAAAAUCAGUCUUGUCAUCUCGGCCUCAGAAACCUGAACUUGACAUCAUGACAGAUUCGGAGCGUGCCCAGUCCACACCCAGACCUUGGUCCAGACGUAUCCCAGUGUCUCCUGCUGCGUGUGCAGGAUUGAGACAGUCAAGAACAGAGAAGACCAAAUCAGGCAGCAUGUCCAUAGGUGGAGGUGGUGUUUGUGACGCUGGGGGUAGAGGCUGGUGUCCACAGUGUUCUCCUCUGUGUUCUCAGUGUUUUACUCAGACACACGGCCAGGGACCACACCAUGGACAAUCUGAACGACCAGAGGAGGGUGGCAGUGGUACUGGUCCUCAUCACUGUCCCAUGUGUGGGAGGUCUGAGGCAAGCCCUGAGCGUGACCAGAGGACAGCCAAUAGGCGCAGCCAGCCAAUGAGCUCCCCGGACAGAGAUAAACGAGGCGUGUUAUUGGCUGGUCAUCCCCCUCCUGUGAUGGGCAGUGUACCGUUUGUCAAGUGUGUGCCAGUGUGCCCGCCAGUUCUCAGGUUCUACACCAGUCCAGUAAAAGCCUCUCCAUCCCAUCCACCACUUGUGUACGUGCCUCUGAUUGGGGGUGUGGCCUCUGGGGUCAGGGGCCGUAAGGUCAGAAGCGGAUCUGUCCGUUCCCUAUCUGCUGACCAAAAGUCUCUGAGCAGCUCUCUGAACCAGGCCAUCCAUGCGGCCAGGGAGGUGAGGGAGGCUUCACGCCGUGUGGCCCGCUCCGUCGCCACGGGACUGCACCAGCAGGAGGCGCGAUCUCAGUCAUGCAUGUACUGAUGGACCAGACCAGACAGACACAAUCCGUUAUUUACGAGGCACCGAACAGAAGAAAACGUACACUAAUGAAUUCAACCAUUCUUUGGACCAACCACUCUGGACGCAGGUCUGAAAAUAGAGAGUCCGGCAUAUUGUGUAGUAAGCAAUUUAUUUGGAGUAUAAGAGUGUGUAUGGUAAUAUAAAGCAAUAUCUGUGUGGCUAAACCAGGGUCUCAACCCAGUCACUAAGCUUCUUUGUUGCAGGGAGUGAGGAACCACAGACCCUGGAGUCAUCCCUCCAUGGCUUAUCAGUGAUUAUGAUAAGGUAUGUUCCACGUUGUAGAUCACUGCUGGGGCCUACAUGGCAGUAUCAGGUACAAUUGAAAUAACAGUUGUGGGAUCUGACAGCUUGUCUUAACAACAGUGGCAAUGGACCACACUGAAUCCAGAUAAAAUGCAAUAGAAUUGUCCUGUUACAGUUUCUCGAUUGCUAAGACACGUUUCUUGAAAGCUGCUCUCCUUUUCUCUAAACUGUGAACACAAAACCCAAUUUUCAAGCUACACUCACAAAACCUCAGACUCUUCUUGCAAAACCAAACUUUCACCUCAAAUCAGUCCAAUCUGUGUCCAAUCUGUGUCCAAUCUGUGCUCAAAACUGAACUAUGUUGUCAAAUCGUGACCCGAGUCAAUCAAAAUAGAAAACACAAUGCUCAGGGCAUGAAGCUGGAGAAAUAAAUGUGUGUUCACUGUAGGCUAAAUGCAUGUUGCAAAACAACAAAACAACUGGGCAUUUAGCACUUGUACAAAAAGACAAAACAGAAAUCUUGUGCAUUUACACGUAGCACUUGUAAAAACAAACAGAAAUCUUAUGCGUUUGCCAUUUGUUUACAGUAAGCCCAUGUAAAAAGAAAGUACAAAAAUAUACAAAUAAGUGCGUUACUCAGCCACGGCAUCAUGUCUCCGUACUGGGUCAGGCCACAGGACUUCAUCCACAUCACAGGCCACAUUUUGUCUGGACAGGCAACGGGGGAGAAAACCCUGGCAUGCUGUAUCCAGGCUUGGCAUGCCUCCACACCUAUGUCACCACAGGCAAGUCCCAUGGCGUGCAGGAGAUUUACCCUGGUGUAAGGUUGGCGUUAUAUACCUUCCACCGCCAUGAGGAGAAGAAUUCCUCAAUGGGGUUUAGGAAAGGGCAGUACGGUGGAAGGCAAAGACUGAUGAAACCUUGGUUCAUAUUGAACCACUCUCUAACCUGGAGGGCUCUGUGAAAACUCACAUUGUCCCAAACAACAACAUCGAUGGGAUGCUCAUCCUGCUGCCCUAACAGAGCAUCUCGCAUGUGAGUGUUGUAGGGCCCCAGGUUGGCAUGAUGGUGGACAACCCCAUGAUUGCUGAUGGCAGCACAUAAUGUGCCACCACGCUGCCCAGGAACACCAACAAUGGCCCGAUGGCCAAUCACAUUACGGCCUCUCCUUCUCCUUUUGGUGAGAUUAAACCCAGCUUCAUCAAUGUAGAUGUAUUCAUGGGGUCUUUCCAUUGCAUCCAGUUGAAAAACCCUCUGUAGAAAUAGAUAUAGUUUUGUAAGUGAUACGGAAAAAGUGAUUUAGGCCACUACAGUAAAUCACUACUUAGAGUAAUCAACAUUGAAUGUGUCUGGAUAUAUGCCAACCUGUAUAUACUGGAAUCUUUGCUCUUUGACUCUGUCUGAGUUGUGAUCAAAGGGCACUCUGUAUAGCUGUUUCAUGCUCAGUCUGUGGCGCUUGAGGACACGAUCAACAGUGGAGAGGCUAACACUGUUGAUACCCUCAAAAUUGACAUGGUCCUCAAUGAUCUUCUGCUGAAUGUCACUGUUUAUCAACGGACCAUAUCAACAAUUAGGGUCUCUAUGUGUGGGGAGAACAUACCUGUCCUCCCACCCCCAUGUGGCAGUCUUUCAAUUCUACAAAAAGAGAACAUGGAGUUACAAAAAAUAUACAUGGAAUACUAGGCCUACGAACAGUUAGACCAACCCUCCAUUACAUUACUACAGUACAUUGGUACAGUGAUGUACUGAAACAUAUUUACUUACAGUAUACUGUGGUAAGGUAUGUAGUAUGUCAUACAGUAAUUGCGGUCAACAUUUACAUACUGUACUAUAAUGUCAAAAAAAGGUAAUUACCUGUUCUCUUCUCUAAAUCUUCGGGUUAUGGUGGACACAGUGAAUCUACUGAUGUUUGGUUGGACCCUUUGUCCAGACUCCAUCAUGCUCAUACCAUGGACAAGAACAUGGUCAAUCACAGUAGCUCUGAUUUCAUCAGAUAUUACUGCUCUUUGUCUUCGCUGACCACCUCGCUGACUCUUCCUCUCAGAUUUCUAUCCAUUGUAGGGCCUCACAAACCAGUGCUCUCUGAACUGGCUUACUGUAUAUGUUCCCUCACAUCAUUAGCCACAAGUGUGAUACAUUUUGAGUUGCUGUGUUCAAGUGGUGACACCUGUGCUUUAAUUGUGUUUGACUUUUGUCACCUGAGCUCACCAUUAUGCAGCACGGGUGCAUCACAAUGAAAAUGUGUUGGCAAGUUGUGUCUGAACAGGUGAAAAGUGCUUAUGGUUUUGCCAAAAGAGUGAUUGAUUCAAUCAGUGGGUUCAGGCAACUGAGCAUUUGGUUCAGACAAUAGGGUUUGGUGUUUUAGCAAUUGAGAGAAACUGUAAUGAUUUACAUUUUGAAAUAAUGCACAAUAUGGACUUUUUUUCCCUUUAAAACCUGGAAUUAUUUAUGUACUUCUGUGAAAUUGCUGCUAUGGCUCUUCGGAUGAGGAAACCUAAUCACACAUUGUUUUUAUGGUCAUUUAUUGAUUCUAAAUAGUUAUUAUUAUAAUUUUUUUGUACUGUGUAUACUAAGCUAAUAAGGGUAGUCAUUGUUUUCAGUGUUAUAAUACUAUAGUUGUACCCAUCAAGAAAAUAUUUUAUCAGAAAAACACGCUUGUGGAUGGUCUUUUUAGGGUUGUUUUUUUAUAGUUUGUGUUGAACGCAAAAACAAGAUUUCAGCUGUAAAUUUAAGAAAAGGUAUUUUCUUAAACAUAUUUUUUACUGU